AUGGUUGUGGAGGUCGUUUCUACCGAGAACAGGGAAACCGCCCUGAACAUUCUGAUGAAACAGAACGAUCCAUACUCUUUGGUCGUUCGCGGAAUGAUACAGAAUGUGCUGAAUGGAACGAUCAGCGAAGGACAGGUGUUUUCUGACUCUUGGCCAAACUUCCGAAACAUCGUAUGUCUACACGAUAGCCGGGAGUACAGUAAUUUCGACACUGAUUUUGUGACAUGGCACAGCACAACGGUGGACGACUUCGCUUUGUUCUUCCCGGAAAUGGUGGCCGUCAGACGCUGGAAACAGCGAGGCUUCAUCAUGCACUACGUAAGAUCAGAUUUUGCUGAUAUCAUCCUUGCUGUCAUGAGAUUAUCACCGUCAGAACUGCAAGUGAAUACGUUCCAGCUCUGCGUUGCUGGUAAGGAGCAUGAAGAAAAAAUGGCGAAGUUGCAACGAAAAAGGGCUGAGGCUAUUCAACAACUGCCUCCCGGGUUUAAAGUUGACAAGCUGUACGCCUACGAUGCCGAAUACGUGUCGCAGAUGCAGUCUCGCAAGAUGCCUGACAAAGUGAAUUAUUACCGAUGGUUAUUGAAGAAGUUUCCUACUCAAUGUGUCCGCAAUGAACAAGGUCAACCCAUUGCAUUCUCGUUAACAUACGACAGUGGCGCCGCUGGCGGUCUUUAUGUAGACCCUGAAUAUCGACGUCGUGGCCUUUCUCUCCUAGUGGAAGUAUCUCCGGACAAAACCCAAAUGCCGGUGCCCUUUGGCGCCGUUGCUUUCAACAAUCAGCGCUCAAAGAACCUGCAGAUCAAAUAUUUCGGUAUCCAAAUUUUGGAACAAACCGUUUCUUGGAUCAUUUAUUGCCCAUAUAAAGAAAUGGAGGAAAUCAACGCUCCUAAAUCUAAAAUCUAG